UUUUUUGCCCUUUUUUUUUUUUUUCUUUACGAAGGAAGGGUACCAUGUGCCACACACAGAACCACCCUAUGAAAACCACGAAACCCACUUCAAAACCAAAACCAGCCCGGAAAACCAGGACAAAAACCAGGAAGCCCAAGUUCCUGAGCCUGAGCCUGAGCAUGAGCCUUGAGCAACAGCUAUCCCCAGAAACGACCCAAAUGACAAACCCUCAGCUGACCCUUUUCCCUUUACACCCGGAAAACCUCUUCGAAGAGAAAGAGUCGAACGACAACAACGUCGCCUACUUGUUAGAGCAGGAAGGUGGAGGAGGGGCCACGCUCAACGGCCUCCUUGGCGGCACUGGCACCUCCGAGGAUUCCCAAUCUCUCUCGCCGUCGCUGCUAACGUACGCUUACGGGGGCCAGGAUAAGGAUAGUGAAGGGGCGAGCACGCUGGCACAGGCGGCGCUGAGGCAAAAAAAGGAGCGGGACGUGAGCGAGGAGAAGUGGGUGCUGUAUUCGGAUGUGGUUGAAGAAAACAAGGAAGAGGAGAUUAGCAGCUACAGCUACAAUAGGCAGCAGGAGUUUGGUUUGUCUCUGAAGCUAGAUUACCAAGAGAUAUUAAAUGCUUGGUCCGACAAGGGUUCUCUUUAUAUAGGAGAAGAUAAAGAGGAGGAGUGCCCUCAGACAGUUCCCGAUCAACCCCAAGAUGAUGAUACUAGUACCACCAACGACCAAAUAAGGUUUGUCGUAUUUUGGAAGCAAUUGGCCAGCAACUCGCCAGUGAUCUCUAAUAUAAGAGGAGAGGGGGCUUAUCACAUUUUAAGGACAACGUAUUAAAUACGUGUUUCAGCUUGAUUCAAAAUAAUUUUCUAAUUUAUUUUUCGUUAUUCAAAUAAUUUAUUUUAAACUUUUUUCCAAUAGCAUAUGUACUAAUUGACAAGUUAGAUGCAUUGUUACCUGCAAACGAUUACCUGGAUUGACAAGUUAGAUACAUUUUUACCUGCAAACGAUUGGGUGGAUUCUGAACAACUCUUAGAGUCAGCGAGGCAGCCACGACAUUGAGGGAAUCGAUCACCCCACUACGUCUAGCAACGGGUAUUGGCUGAUAUGUAAAGGAAACAAUUGCCUGCUUUAUGUGACAUGGGUGUGAAUAGAUCCUUCAUGAAGAAAAAAAUGUAUGAUGUAUCAGCUCUUAUCCACUGGGGGGCUAAUACGCCACCUGUAUCUACAGCAUUACAGGACCGAUAUGACUUGAAUCAUCAAGGAAGCUUAAAAGCUAUUUUAAAACCAGUUCUACACCUAUUUAGAGUAUCAAAACCUAUAUAAUGUGAUGAAUCGAAGCAAAGGGAACCAUCUUGGGAAAUAUCAUGAGGGGUGAAGCAUAAUUUUUUUUUUUCAUCCUCUAUUUGUUGUAUUUUUUGCAACAGGC